ACAAAAAAUGGAUGAGAGCGUAAACAGAUAAUCAUUUUAAUAAAAUAUUUAAAUGCAGCUCAUUUAUGUGUCGCGAUGACGUCGGAAAAUGACGUCUUAAAGCUUCGAUGUGUCCGCUAUGUUAGUUUUAUUUGAUUGAAGUAAUCAUUGAUUCCUUUAGUGACAUAUUUGUUCGGUUAGAGAACCAUUCCAUCAUGGAUUUGAUAAGAACUCCCAAGAUAGAGAAAGUGAAGAUGCUGGAUCGCUUCAACAGCAAGAAGCCCAACGUGGGGACCCUGCACCUGACUGCGACCCACUUGAUUUUCAUUGAUCCCGAGAGAAAGAAGGAGGCAUGGAUCCUGCACACCCACAUUGCGAGCGUGGUGAAGCUGGCCAUCUCCGCCCAGGGCUCCCCCCUGCAGAUCCGGUGCAAGAACUUCCUCUCUGUGACCUUCGUCAUCCCCAAGGAGAGGGACAGCCACGACAUCUACAUGUCCCUGCUCAAGCUCUCCCAGCCCACCAGCGUGCAGGACCUGUACUGCUUCCACUACACGGCCUCCAACGAGGACCAGCCCAAGCGCUCGGGCUGGAACAAGUUCGACCUGCAGGCAGAGUUCGCCCGCAUGGGGGUGCCCAACGACAAGUGGCACCUCACCACCAUCAACAGGGACUACGAAAUUUGCGACACGUACCCCCGCCUCCUGUACGUCCCGGCCUCCUCGUCCACGGCCAUCCUGGUGGGCAGCAGCCGCUUCCGGAGCCGGGGCCGCCUGCCCGUGCUCUCCUACCUCCACAAGAACAUGGCCGCCAUCUGCCGCUGCUCCCAGCCGCUGUCCGGCUUCAGCGCCCGCUGCCCGGAGGACGAGCGGCUGCUGGACUGCAUCCUCAAGUCCAGCCCCAACGGGGAGUACAUGUACGUCGUGGACACCAGGCCCAAGAUCAACGCCAUGGCCAACAGGGCGGCGGGCAAGGGCUACGAGAACGAGGACUUCUACCGCAACAUCAAGUUCCAGUUCUUCGGGAUCGAGAACAUCCACGUCAUGAGGAGCAGCCUGCAGAAGAUGGUGGACGUGUGUGAGCUGAAGGUGCCCACCAUGGGGGCGUUCCUGAGCGGCCUGGAGAGCAGCGGCUGGCUGAGGCACGUCAAGACGGUGCUGGAGGCGUCCGCCUUCAUUGCGGAGGCCCUGGAGAACGGGACGUCCGUCCUGGUGCACUGUUCCGACGGCUGGGACCGGACCGCCCAGACCUGCUCCCUGGCGGCCCUGCUGCAGGACCCCUACUACAGGACCAUCACCGGAUUCCAGGCCCUGCUGGAGAAGGAGUGGCUCUCCUUCGGGCACAAGUUCACGGACCGGUGCGGCCUGGUGCAGGGGGACCCGAAGGAGGCGGCGCCGGUCUUCACCCAGUUCGUGGACGCGGUGUGGCAGCUGACGCACCAGUUCCCCUCCUCCUUCCAGUUCAACGAGCGCUUCCUCCUCACCGUCCACGACCACGUCCACUCCUGCCAGUUCGGGACCUUCGUGGGCAACUGCGAGAAGGAGAGGGCAGACCUCAGGCUGAGCGAGCGGACCUAUUCGCUGUGGGGCUACAUGUCCAACCACCUGUCGGAGUUCCUGAACCCCCUCUACCGGAGGGAGGUGGACCGAGUGCUGCACCCCAGUCCCGCCCCCCAGGCCAUACAGUUCUGGCGGGGGAUGUACAACCGGUUCGAGGACGGCGUGCACCCGAGGGAGCCCCUGGGGGACAUGCUGGUGGCCGCCAAGGACCACAUCUCCAGCCUGGAGGACCACGCACUCUUCCUGCAGAAGCGCAUCGGGCGGCUGAAGAGAGCACUGGGCCACACGGAGACCCCCACGGAGGAGCGGGCCUCCCUGGCAAGGGGCGACGCAGAGAACGGACUCCUUGAACCAGGUUCACCCUCCCUCUCCUCGGAGGUGGAGUCGGUGGCCAUCGAGUGGAGGACCCUGAGGAACGUCAAGGAGUGCAUCUGCUCCACGCCCUUCGACCACUUCCGCAGAAAGUUCCACUGCUGGUCGUGCGGGGACGUGUUCUGCAUCCGGUGCAUCGACAAGCGCCUGCCCCUGCGGGGCCACGGCCACGGGCGGCCGGUCCCCGUGUGCCGCCACUGCUACCGGGAGCUCCGGAGGACGGACUCCGUGGACUCCUGACUCCGCCCCCGGCCCCCCUGUACAUAGCCCCCUCCCGCAUAAAGAGAGUACUUA